GCUCCCGUAGGAGAGCGCAGGCCAGAGCGCCGCCACGUCCGCUGUGGGUUCGGUAGGGAGUUAGCUGUGGGCAGCUCUGGGCACAAUGGCCUUCACUCUGUACUCCCUGCUGCAGGCGGCCCUGCUAUGCGUCAAUGCCAUUGCCGUGCUACACGAGGAGCGCUUCCUCAAAAACAUUGGCUGGGGAACAGACCAGGGAAUUGGCGGAUUCGGAGAGGAGCCAGGAAUUAAAUCUCAGCUAAUGAACCUUGUUCGAUCUGUAAGAACCGUGAUGAGAGUGCCAUUAAUAAUAGUAAACUCAAUUGCAAUUGUAUUACUUUUGUUAUUCGGGUGAACAUCAGUGGGAAAAAUGGAGACUCAGAAGAAGAGAUGCCAGCAGAAGUUAACUACUUCAGUCAUUGGAAUAUUCAUAGCUCCGCAGGCCGACCUUGCACUUGACAAAAAUGUAAAGCUGACAAUAAAACCAGAGUUUUAUUUAUCUGAUUUUUUUUUAAUGUUACAUUUGUAGUUUCAUUAUAAAAAGAUCAGAUCAUCAGAGGCAGUAAUUCUACAGAAUUGGAAUACAUUUGAUUGCUGACUGUUAAUAGUUCAUGCCAUGGCAAAGAUUGUUAAAAGGGUACAGAACUAUCGCUUCCGUUUUUUUUAAAAUAUUUUUCUAUCUCUCACUUCUCAGGGAUGAAUUUUUUUCCAAAGUUUUGAUUCCUUAUGAGUUAGCUAUGAUGUGAGAGUGAUUAUCUCCCUAGAUAAAAUUUAAAGGAUUUUCUAAAAACUAAUACAUAUAAAGUGGUAAACAGGUGACUUGGAUAACUUUAAACUGUUUGGUUAAGUACUUUAUCUGUGUAUGUCUGUUGUGAAUAGUUCAGAUUUAUAGGCACUAUGAAGAGCAAUGCUCUCUGAUUGUGUAAAGUCAGUUAGUCACAUGAUGCUGGUAUUGUUCUUUUCUUGCAUUUGUUAUUUUAUUAAUUGGUCCCCAUGAUGAGUCCAGACCAAUAUCUGAAUAUUUUCAUUGGUAGAAAAAUCUUUGUAGAAAAGUCUGUGCCCUUUUUACAAUGAUGAUGUGUUUUUUAAUAUGCAUAAAUAUCAGCCCAUAAGAGCAAUCCUACAUUAUCAUAAUUGGACUAUACUGUAUAAGAUUGUAUUGUGAACCAUUUCUAUUUAUUGUGAACCAUUUCUCUCCCCAAAAUUAUCAUGUUUCCAUUUCUUAGUAAAGUAGCUCAUUAAAGGGUGUCACUGUUGUUUCUUCAGUCUGUGAGAACUAGAUAAGUUGUUUACUUUUUUGUGUUUUUAGAGGUUUGUUUACCCCAUAAGACAGUUUUAUGUGGAAAGGUUAAAACUAUGUAAAUGGUUUUGUGAAAAUCGCCAGUUAAUAUUUUAAAUGACUGGAAUGGCAUCUUUGUUUAUAGAACGUUUGUAAAUAAAGUUGAAUUUCCACAGCAAUCAUUUGUUUUU